AGACAAUAAUCCAAUAACGUAGGACUAGUUUCCUUUUCAGUUUCACUAUUAAAUAGAGCCUCCUUUAGUACUCUUUGAAAGACCACCUUCUUUCCUAUAAUUUGAUAUCCUCACUGUGUACAUUCAGCUUAUAGAAGUCUAUGGCAGGUGUAACACUAAUUGCUUCUACAAUAUUUGGAAUUUUUGUGGCUAUAGUUUGUGCUAAAUUUCUGUAUAAAAUAUGGUGGUGGCCAAAAAUGAUGGAGAAGAAGCUGAAAAAGCAAGGAAUACAUGGCCCUCCCUAUAAGUUUCUCUUUGGAAAUCUUAAAGAGAUGAUGAGAAUGUCUAAAGAAGCUAAGUCAAAACCUCUCUCUUUAACCCAUGAUAUCAUGCCUUGGCUUAAUCCUUUUCUUCAACAUCUUGCUAACAAUCACAAGAAAAUUUUUGUGAUGUGGGCUGGACCGACACCUCGAGUUACAGUUACAGAUCCGAAGCUAAUUCGAGAAUUAUUAAACAAACAUCAAGAAUUCCACAAGCCUGAAGCUAAUGCCUUCAUUGAGAUGUUUGUGACUGGACUUGCUGGUUACAAUGGAGAAAAAUGGGCCACCCAUAGAAAGAUAGUAACUCCUGCCUUUCAUAUUGACAAGUUAAAGAGGAUGUUUUCAUCAGCAUUUUGUGCAUGUGUUGAGGAAAUGAUAAGCAGAUGGGAGGAAUUGGUUAGCAAAACAGAGACUUGUGAGUUGGAUAUGGAAAGAGAAUUUAUGUUCUUAGGUGGAGAUGUUAUAUCAAGAGCUGCCUUUGGUAGCAAUAUUGAAGAAGGAAG